AUGACCACCAACAUGAUUGAAUACACUAUCAGUGGGAAACCCGGCCCUAUCAAAGCAACCCGGAGCAUUGCUCCUAUCCCGAAGCCUGGCGCAAAUGAAGUACUGAUAAAAGUCAUUGCUACGGACUCUAAUCCAAAAGAUUGGAAAGCCUUUCGCAACCAUGAAGAAGGCCGUGGUAUCAACCAAGGCGAUGAUAUCUCGGGUAUUGUCGAGUCAGUCGGAAGCUCAGUCUGGGAAUUCGCUCCUGGGGACCGUGUUGCUGCCUUUCAUCGCAUGUUCCAGCCUCAUGGAUCCUAUGCCCAGUAUGCGAUUGCCCCGGCAUCUACGACUUUCCGGCUCCCUGCAAACACGUCCUUUGAGGCUGGAGCAACUCUGCCUCUAGCGAGCAUGACAGCUGCCCUUGCACUCUACCAGAACCUGAGCCUUCCUCUGCCAUGGAAUCCUGCAAAGACAGAGACUCCCAUUCUUAUCUACGGUGGUGCUUCUGCUGUUGGCGCCUAUGCUCUGAAGUUUGCAAAGUUCAGUGGUUUAUCGCCAAUUAUUACAGUCGCAGGGAAUGGAAUAGACUUUGUGAAGUCCCUCAAUGCGGCGGAUCAUAUCAUCGAUUAUCGAAAUGGGAAUGUGGUGGAAGCUAUCCAAGCAGCUCUCGAGGGGCGGAAAUUGCACCACGCUUUCGAUGCAGUCUCGUACAAUCGCAGCUAUGAGAAUAUUGUAGCAGUGCUCCAGGCGUCAAGAGGUGGUCAAAUCGACAUGGUCGACCCUCCUAGUGAUGAUUCUGCAAUCCCUAAUCGUGAUUCUUGGAAUUGGCCGGAGGGGAUCAAGUUCACAAGGACUUUUGUCUCUAGCGCAUACGGUACUCCCCACAAGUAUCGAGAUGAAACUCAAGCAGCAGAGGAUCACGAGUUUGCCUAUGUCUUUUACCGGUAUAUUAGUCGCCUCCUGGCCGAGGAGAAGCUCAAGCCCCAUCCGUUCGAAGUUCUACCUAAGGGUCUUGAGAGUGUGGCCGAAGGAAUUCAAUUGCUAUAUGAUCGAAAGGUCUCAGCUCAGAAGCUGGUUUACCGAAUCGCAGAUACGCCCAACCUAGUCUAA